UAUGAAGUGCUACGUGACUGUGAUCUUAAUCCUGGAGCUGGUGAUCAGCUUCAGCUCCGCGUCUAGCCGUCACUUGCCGCGCGUGUUGCCCUACGCUGAGGGUGAACAGGGUGUUCCCGUGUUUGGAGAUUGUGAGUUUCGUGUAAACGGUGAUCUCAAUGAUCCUGCUCCGCUUUUCGCGCGACAUGACUUUUACGAGCUAAUCGUGCCCGAUCCGACGGAUACAGUGCGUCUGACCAAUGGCGAACUGCUCGACAUGUUCUGCCCGGGUGCUGGCUUUGCAGCACCCUUUCAAAACCGCACACAACUAACUGUACAGUGCCUGCAGCAAAAAUACUUCCUGGUCGACAAUCUGAUCUACCCAUUUGCCAACUUUAGCUGCGCUGCGUGGCCCAGCUACACGGCGCUACGCACCGGGCGUCAGUGCAAUGGUGGUACAGAUCUGGUUAAGGUGGGCUUUCAGCUGGAUGACGAUGGCUUUCUACAAACCUACGAUGUCUGCCAUAAUGAGCUAACCGAGGUCACACGCUAUGUACACCAUGUGCUGUAUCCCUCUAGCUACGAUUAUCAACAUGGGGUGGCGCGGCCGAGUUUCGUGGAGCUGGACUUCUACGGCGGGCGGGACGUUAAUACCAAGUACACACAAGUCCAGCAAAAUAUUACAAUUAGCGAGAUUUUGGGCAUGGAUGCGUCGCCCUACUUUAAUUACAGCGAAGAUCGCAUUUUAGCUCGCGGCCACAUGAUUGCGAAAACGGAUCAGAUAUUCGGCGCUGCGCAAAUGUCCACAUUUCUGUUCAUCAACGUGGCCCCGCAAUGGCAGAGCUUCAAUGGCGGCAACUGGGAGCGUAUUGAGACGAGCGUUCGAAAAUUUGUGGCGGAUCGGAAUUUGACAGUUGACUGCUAUACCGGAACCUGGGGCGUCUCUACGCUACCCGACAUAGAUGGCAUCGAGCGCGAACUUUAUCUCGACUUUGAUGAGAACAAUAAUGGUCUGAUACCAGUGCCCAAAUUGUACUUCCGUGUCAUUAUCGAUCGUGCUAGCCGUGAGGGCAUUGUUCUUGUGGGUGUUAACAAUCCCUAUGUCAGCUUGGAACAAAUUCAAAGUGAUUACACGGUGUGCGAAGAUAUUGGACAUCAGCUAAGUUGGGUUUCCUGGCUUAAAGAGGAUCUGCAUGAGGGCUUUUCAUAUGCUUGCACUGUGGAGGAUUUCACAGAAGUUGUUAAGGACUUGCCGCUUGAUGAUCUGCACACAAAUGGAAUACUUGGUUUGGAUAAUGAGUCAAGCACCACCACCGAGUAUCCUAGCACGCUUUCUACAGUCAGCACCACUGAGGAGCCAUCGACAACGUCGCCAUCAAGCCCCACCGAGUAUCCCAGCACGCUUUCUACAGUCAGCACCACUGAGGAGCCAUCGACAACGUCGCCAUCAAGCCCCACCGAGUAUCCCAGCACGCUUUCUACAGUCAGCACCACUGAGGAGCCAUCGACAACGUCGCCUUCAAGCCCCACCGAGUAUCCCAGCACGGUUUCUACAGUCAGCACCACUGAGGAGCCAUCGACAACGUCGCCAUCAAGCCCCACCGAGUAUCCUAGCACGGUUUCUACAGUCAGCACCACUGAGGAGCCGUCGACAACGUCGCCAGUAAGCUCCACCGAGUAUCCUAGCACGCUUUCUACAGUCAGCACCACUGAGGAGCCGUCGACAACGCCACCGGAAAGCUCUACCGAAUCGUCUAGCACCACCGCUCCGACAAUCUCAACGACUGCAGCGCCUACAACGCCACCGGAAAGCUCUACCGAAUCCUCAAGCACAGCAUCAAGUUCAACUGCAACAACCGGUGCACCGGCCACCCCAACUACUACUCCGUCUCCCACUCCUAACCCCGAUCAAUGCUACUUUAGCAUCAAUGGCGAUCUUAGGGAUCCUGCCCCACUGCUUACGCCACAGGGCGCACUAAGUUGGCUUUUGCCCACCGAAUCGGGUAUUUAUAUUGUCGAUGAUGGAUCCAGCAUUGAUUUGCACUGCACAGCAGCGCUGGCCACGCCCUUCAAUCGAUAUACCGCACUAACGGCACGCUGUGUGGGCAAUCAGAUGUACGAGGCGGAAGGCCUGAAUGUAGAGAUAGGCGCAUUUAGCUGCCAAACAUGGCCCAGUUACGAAGCCGUGCGUACUGGUGACCCCUGCGAGGGCGGCACUGAGCUGCUGCAGAUUGGAUUUAAUGUGGCCGCCGGCCUGUUAACGCAGCUGGAGCUCUGCUAUGAUGAGCAGGCACAGAUAACACCCUAUGCACGCUACGAGCUGACCCCAGCCAAUGUUGCCUAUCAGCGGAAUGUGGCACAGCCGGGCUAUCUGCGUGCCGACUUCUAUGCUGGCAAGGACGUCAAUGUGUUCUAUAGCCAAUCGCAUCAGCUUGAGGCGCUCAGCGAUAUUCUCGGCUUAGACGCGAGUCAGUACCUAGACAGCAGUCGCGACUUCUAUCUAACACGUGGUCAACUCGCUGCUCGCCAAGAUUUUGUACACGGCUCAGCGCAACGCGCCACCCACUUCUAUGUUAAUGCCGUACCACAGUGGCGCAGCAUUAACAUUGGUAACUGGCUGGCUGUGGAGCGUAGUCUGCGCCAGUUUGUGGCCAAUGAGGCGCUGAAUGUCAGCGUGCAUUCAGGUAGUUGGGGCGUGUCCACAUUGCCAAAUGCCGCCGGCGAACAGACGCCGAUCUAUCUGGAUGCAAGCGCACAGCAGCUGCCUGUUCCUCGGCUGGUAUAUCGCAUUGUCAUCGAUCAGCUGAGUCGCAAGGGCAUUGCCUUGGUGGUGGCCAAUAAUCCACAUGCCAGCCUUGCCGAGAUUCUGCAGGACUAUGUUGUGUGUGAGGAUGUGGGUGCACAGCUCGAUUGGCUAGACUGGGAUAAAGCGCAGCUGGAGAAGGGCUAUGCCUACGCAUGCUCUGUUGAAGACUUUACUGCUGUGGUCAAGGAUCUGCCACUGGAUCAGCUACACACCACAGGCUUGCUAGGUGUAACUGAAUUCGACGAAGAGCAGCCACAGCAGUUGUGCAACUUUCGCGUGAACGGCGAUCUUAAAGAUCCAGCUCCGCUCUUUGUUUUGCGUGACGCACAGGGUACGCCACAAUAUCUGCAGCCCAAUACGCAGGGUCUUGUGGAGCUGAAGCACGGAGAGGCAGUUGAGCUGCACUGCAGCGGCUCAAGCAGUUUUCAAGGACAAUUCGCGGACUAUGCUCGACUAAAUGCCAGCUGCUGGCAACAGGAGAGUUUUCUGGUGCUUGGCAGUGUCUACCAGAUCAACGAUUUUGUGUGCACCUCCUGGCCAAGCUACACAGCCCGACGCACAAAUCGCCAGUGCAAUGGCGGCACCAAUCUGUUGGAGGUGGGCUUUCAGCUAGCCAACAAUGAUGAACACGACGAUUUCCUACAAACGUACGAUGUAUGCCACAAUGAGCUGGAAGAGGUAACACGCUAUGUGCACCAUGUGCUGACGCCCAGCAGUGCACAGUAUCAGCGAUCUGUCAGCCGGCCCAGCUUUAUAACUGGUGACUUCUAUGGCGGCAAGGACGUCAACGGCAAGUACACACAGGUGCAGCAGAACAUCACAAUCAGUGAAAUUCUGGGCAUGGAUGCCUCGCCAUAUUUCAAUGUUAGCGGCAACGUGUAUCUGGCCAGGGGCCACCUGUCCGCCAAGACGGACUACAUUUUUGGUGCCGCCCAGCAGGCGAGCUUCUUCUUUGUGAAUGCCGCGCCCCAAUGGCAGACCUUCAAUGCGGGCAACUGGGAGCGCAUCGAGGAUAGCGUGAGGAAGUUCGUUGCCGAUGAGAACAUUACCGUGGAUUGUUAUACAGGCACAUGGGGCGUCUCCACGCUGCCGGAUGCAGAGGGCGUGCCCCACGAGCUCUAUCUGGACUUUGAUGUGAAUAACAAUGGUCUGAUACCAGUGCCCGCGUUAUAUUUCCGUGUGAUUAUCGAUCGGGAUAGCCGCAAGGGCAUUGUACUGUUGGGCGUUAACAAUCCGCAUAUUAGCCUGCAGGAGAUUCAGGAAGAAUACAUUAUCUGCCCGGACAUUGGUGAUCAAAUCAGCUGGAUUAGUUGGACCAAGGAGGAUCUAAAGAAGGGUUAUUCGUAUGCCUGUACUGUGGAAGAUUUCAUUGAAGUUGUCAAAGACUUGCCAUUGGAGAGUCUGCAAACGAAUGGCAUAUUAGGUAUUUCGACGUAAAUUAACUUUAACUUUAAGCGAACCGUAUCACAAAUUUUGAACAAAUAAAAUAAUAAUCUA